AUGUAUACCUACGACCUGGCAAGGACGUUCCCGCCACGAUCGCAAGACGUGGUCCACCACGUGGGUUGGAUGGGCCUCACCUUUUCUCUGUACUGGUCUACCAUGAGCACGAAUCCGGGCAUUACAACACUGAUGAUCCGUAACGUGGCGGCGUGUAGCUUCUUCAGCCUCGGUCUCAGCGGCACCGUGCAGCUGGCUUUGUUGCUCAUGGAGCGUCUGGGGCCCUGGACGCGUCCUCCGCUGAGGAUGGCGCGGUGCUUCCGCGGACUAGUGUGGACGCUGGUGCUCAGCCGGCCAAUGUCGUGGGCGGUGUACAUCGUCACAUAUGAGGCGCUGUGGCGGAUCACGGCGACGCCGGCCGACUUUGCGGUCAUGGCUGUGCUUACCGUCGCGUUUCUCGGGCUGGUGGAUCUGCAUACGCGCUGGUCGAUGGGGUUGCUGCGCAAGGAGUCGAAGCUGUGGAGGAACUACCAAAACACUCAGCUUGGUGACUCCGAUCUAGAGGUGCGGACGUCCCGAGCCGGCAAGAUGAUUGUCCUUACGACAUACUGGGUUGUCGUGGUCGCCAUGGCGAUUGUACUGUUGGCUCGUGCUACGGUGAGCACCUUUUCAACGGAAGUCGCCUUGCUGCCGCAUGUGUUGAUGUCGUCUGAGCUCCACAGAGCCAUGCAGCGCGACUUUAGCCAAGAACAGUGCGGCCCGCCGACGGACAUGCAGGACGCACCCGACUUCAAACACGUUUGGACGAGUUGGCACGCUGUAUCUGGUGCCGUCUACCCAAAGGUCGGCCGCCAGCUCGUUCAACAUGCCGCCAAGCAUGUUGGUGAGACGGUCAUCGACCGUUAAUCCCUCGAGCUACUCACCUAGAUAAAGUCGGAUCUGUUCGAGCGGGCUCGCGAUAAACCUCUCUACUUGUGUAAUGGUUUCCACUCCUGCCCUGCCCGGUCGUAAUAUCCAGGCGGAAUCCUCUUACUAGGGCUCCAUCCUGCCUGGGUGCUCUGCUGUUAGCAUUUCAGUAGACCUCAGUGGUAUCCUUAGCACAGACACGCACAAAUCGUCUCGCAGCUGGAGCAGGGUCUGCAGUCAUCCCGCCAAGUCCUACCUACCGCUAGUACAGG